AUGUCGACAGUUAACGCGUCAACAGGAUACACACCAUUUCACCUACAUCUUGGAAGAACGCCACGCAUGCUACCGCCACUAACGCCGGAGGGGGUACGAGCGACACGAGAAGAUUUCCCAGCUGACAUCGCAAACGCGCUCGACGCGAUCGUAUCACUAAAGACCGAUAUCGCAGACGCCCAUGACGCCUUGGUAGCUUCAAGGAUCGCACAAGCGAACACCGCCAAUACCCACAGAUCAGAGGAACCUGUGUUCAAAAUCAGUGACUUCGCAUACCUCUCGACUGCACACAGACGGAGGGAGUACCUCAACGGAAGCAACAAACGUGUAGCCAAA